AUGGAUAAAGUGAUUGAAGCUGUUCAGAAGAUUUGUGUCACGGAGACGGUAGAAAAACCAGAGUCCACAGAUUGUGAGUCUACCACCAAGACUGAAUUAACCAGGGCUACACUGGACUCAUCACUUUCCCACACUACAUGCGACUCAAUCACACCUCCACAAGCGGUAGUUCCUGAUCUUCUUGUCUGUGGCACAAAAUCUGGCUCUUCAGCGGAAACCAAGGAAACAGAAGCCAUCUCUCACAAUCUUACAGAACCUAUUGCUACCGUGGCUAUCUCUACACCCUCGCACUCCGACAAUGACUCUGAUUCAUCCUUCUCAACACCCUCUCCCUCCCAGCUCUGUCAUACUGAGCUUCUUGAAAUUAAUUUCAAUGUACUUCCUGAGAACGACAGUGAUGAUAACGAUGAAAUGAGCCCCUACAUUGAACUCGGAGGCUCGUUCCAAAGAACCCACGAUAUGUGCAUGGACAAAGAGGAGAUUGUGCUAACUAAUGAGGAGAUUAUCAUGGACGAAUCCGAACAGAACAAGCCUAAAUACGUCACUCUUAUUUUGGAUUAUCCUCUGGACGACGACUAUGAGUUCAAAAUCUAUCCUGACGAUAAACGGGGGUUUACACGAGGCCACCUGAUUCGAGAAAUCAAGCGUCACUACGACAGAGUCUAUGCUGAAGAGGAGGAGACCAGCACGGUUCCGGUCGGAAAUAUUCCCGGUAUGAUGAACCGGGUCACUACUGACGGAAACUAUGGUGUUUGGGGCCACGAUCUGAGUGAUCUGGCUUUGCAUACGGUCAGUUACAACUCUCAGAAGAAUUUGUUUUGGUUAGGCGUCGAUAGUUAA